UAUAACAUUCAAAUGGCUGCCUAUAUGCAGUCGAUAUCCCAACCUCCAUCUUCAGUGAAUAAUACUGCGAGCGACAUAGCGAAGGCUUCAGACGAGAAAGGUGAUGCCGAUAAAAAAGACAAGGCCAGCCCAAAACCAGCCUCACCUCCCCAACUUCCAAAGAAAAUUCCCAACAUUUAUUAUGGCUCCAGAACACAUCGACAGAUAUCACAAGUCACUAAAGAGUUACGAAGGACCGCUUACAGAAACACAAAGAUGACGAUAUUGAGUAGCAGAGACUUUACGUGUAUCCAGCAAUCGAAUAGGAAUAAGACAGAGAUGUGUAACGAGCUUUUGGAUCCUUUGAAGAAAACUCGCUGUGCUUAUUACAACGAUUCCAACAAACAAGAGAUAUCGCAUUAUGAUGUUCUCGAACAAAUGAACUUCCCAAUGCCCUUUGACAUCGAAGACAUCGUAAACUUAGGUAAUGAGCGUGGAUGCUGUCCGUACUUUGCUGCGAGAAACCUCAUGGCAGAAGCAGACCUCAUUCUCUGUCCAUACAACUAUUUGAUUGAUCCUGCUAUCCGCAAAGCUAUGCAAAUAAAUGUGGAGGGCGAUAUCAUAAUCUUGGACGAGGCUCACAACAUCGAGGACAUCUGCCGAGACUCGGCUAGUUCCUCUUUUACAAUACAAGAGCUCCAGGCAGUGAUGGAGGACUGCCAGGAGUUCCACAAACACUUCGACAGUCUCGCGAGCAGAGAGCCUGAGUUUGUAGAAGUUUGCUACUAUAUCUGCGCAAAGUUGAAAAAACUCAUCGAAACCAUGCCGGACCUGAAGAGACGGGACCAAAAUUCCAACAGCCCCCUCUACAGCACCGUCUGGACUGGCACAGACUUUCAGGAAGUUCUUCACUUAUUCGAAAUCUCCCCCAAAAUGACGCUAAGAUUUCUGAGUGCAAUCAACCAAGCGGUAGAGCACCAGAGCAAAGUACGCGAAGAACUGGCAGCAGGGGCAACAUUUGGUAUUACUCUCUCUAUGGCAACGAUAAGGAUCCUCGAGAAGUAUAAAUUUUCUCUAGAAAUGCUUCGAUCCAAAGAGUACUGCAACGAUUUCCGGGUCUUCGUGAAGGAAGCCACAGAGUGGGUUCCCGAAAGGAAGAGAGAAGAGAUGGCGUCAUCUGGUGCUCAUCCCGAGACAAUCAGAACUCUUGAGUGCCUUUGCAUGAAUCCAGGGGUCAUCUUCACCUCUCUCGCCAAAUCUGCAAGGUCCAUUAUUCUAGCAUCAGGCACUCUCUCCCCAAUCGUCUCCUUCGCCAGCGAGCUUGGCACAACCUUCAAGCAUGUUCUCCAGAAUAAGCAUGUGAUCCCCAAGGACAAUGUCCAUAUCAGGAUUGUACCCAAGGGACCCCAGGGGGUCAAUCUCAAAGCUGUUUAUGCCAACACAAGCCAAUGGAACUUCCAAGACGAACUUGGAAGGGUCAUUCUUGAAGUUUGUGAGUCUGUACCAUUCGGAGUUCUCUGCUUCGUUCCUUCUUACUCGCUCCUCAACACAGUUUCAAAACGAAUGUAUGACAAUGGAAUCAUGGACAGAGUUAUGAAGAUCAAGGUUGUAUUUACUGAGCCAAGGAGGAAUGCAGAAUUGGAUGAGGUGAUGAGGGAUUUUAAAAAUACAAUUAAAGAACUUACGGAGAGUGGCAGGAAGAAUGAAUGUACUGGAGCUCUCCUUUUUGCAGUUUUUAGAGGAAAAGUCGCUGAGGGGAUUGACUUCAGCGAUAAUGAGGCUAGAGCUGUGAUUACCAUCGGAAUUCCAUAUGCUAUUCGGACCGACCCUUCAGUCGAGCUGAAGAUUAACUACAACGAUCAGACUAAAGGGAAGCAAUUGGUGAGGGGUGGGGAGUGGUAUACAGUGCAAGCCUACAGGGCGCUCAAUCAGGCAUUGGGAAGGUGCAUCAGGCAUAUUAAUGACUGGGGGGCCAUCUUGCUCGUGGACGAGCGUCUGAUGAACUCUAGCAGUCAGGGGUAUCUGCCAAAGUGGGUUCAAGCCAUAUGGAGAAUGGGACCUAAACACGAUAUCCAGACAAUGGGCUCUGAACUCAGGGCAUUCGUUGAAGAACGCACUGAGGUCGAGGAGCUCAGAAAGAUCGGAGGUGCGUAAGUGCCUACAAUCUUAGAAAAUCCAGCACUUUAUUCAAUGUUAAUUUUUGUUCCGUGACGGAUUCCAGUAACGCAAACAUUAAUUUAAACUAAAUUAUUUACAAUUAUUUAGUUUUAAAUUAUUUAAACUAAAUUAUUUACAAAUGGGAAGACUCAAGAGGAGAAAACAGAAAUCUACUUGUUUUUUUCAUUAAGAAUUUAGUGGAAAGUGAAUAUUGCGGGAAAAUUCACGCAUUAUAUUGUAACUACACAAAAAUUCAUGGGUUUACAGAGACAUGCCGGGGAAUAUUUUCUGCGAGAAAUUGAAUUUCUCAGGAAAGCAUUUGAUGAAUUUCUCCAAACCUCUUUCCAUCGAGAAUACUCAUAGAAUAAUCAGCAAAUUUGUUUUAGACUUCUCUUUGACAUAUUGUCCCCAUACGUUAUAGUUAUAAAAUGAAUGGAGUAUAUCAAGAUUUUUUUUUCAUUCCAUUGAUCAGGUGCUGCGCAGGGUCCGCAUAAACCUGACAUUUUUCUUCGUAUAAUUACAUUUAUUUGCUUGUUCUUUUGUACAAAAUGAGUGUCACACUGCCUUACAUGUUUUUUCAAAAAAUAUUCAUUUAUAAUAUUUACUAUGCAUUGACUGUGUCCCGCUUUUCGAUCAUACGUAACUGUUUCUUUUUCAUACGUUUUAGUUUUGUUGUAUUCUUGAUCUAUGAAUGAAAAAAAUAAUUUAGUAAAAUACGGGUAUGUUAUUAGUAUAGCAUUGGAUCGAAAGUUUAUUAUGAUGACAUUUUUUAAUGUAACACAAAUAAAAAAAACAUUGUUUAUGACUUACGACUUGAACGACUUCACUUUUUUUCCGAUUCUCUUCUGCUCGUUUCAAGUUCUUGAUUCUCCUCUGUGUUUUUGCCUCUUUUUCUGCUUUUUUCUGUUCAAUUAUCGCUCGUGAUUGUUCUUUCACUCUCUUCAGAUCGUCACGAAGCUUUUGUUUCUUUUCGUACGAGAUGCGAAGUCCUCGUGUUUUGACGAUUGAAGAAAAUCUGAAAAUUCGAAUAGAAAAAAGUUUUUAAUUCUUGGCAAUUUAAAAUUUUCAAUUUCUUCAAAUCUAAAAAAGCAAUACUUAAAACAAUAUUUAAAAGAAAUAGUGAAUCAUUUGAUAUUGUGUUAAGUGGAGGAGGAAUCGAAUCACUUGUUCUAAAAUGCUCCAAUUAUUUUUAGGAGUUGAAAAAAGUGAUGUGACCUCCCUUGAACUAUUUUUUAGGCAAGAGCGAGGUGAAAUG